CUCCUGAUUAGAAAACAAGGAAAGCUGUCGCAGCAUGACUGCUGCUGCCAACACGGAAUAGCUUACCUGCUGGAUAACUCUUCUCCGGGGCCAGAUAACUAGCACCGCUGCAGAAAUGGAGCAUGCAGGAGCAGAGGGUAGUCAGUCUGUGAAGGGGGCGGCGACUGCAUCUGGUCCGAGGCCCCCUGAACCCCGGCCGGUUUGGGUUUUACUGGAGGAAGCGUCCCAGGUGAAAACUGAAGGCAAUGCUUUCUACAGGGAGAAGAACAUUCGCUCAGCCAUCGGUCGAUAUCACCGCGCUCUGCUUAUCCUGCGAGGCCUCGACGCCGACGUGAUGAAGUUAGUGAAGGGAUUUGGACCCGAGACACCCAUGCUCACACCAGAACAGGAGGAUUUACUGAGAAACACACAAGUGGACUGCUACAACAACUUAGCUGCCUGUUUGCUGCAGAAACAGAGAGUUGACUACGCUCGCGUGUUAGAGUACAGUCUGCGCGUCCUGCAGUGGCGACCCGGCAACGUUAAAGCCUUGUACAGAGCCGGAGUGGCCACUCUGGAGAUGGGAGAUGCACAGACAGCCAAACAGUACCUCACCCAGGCCUGCAAAGACCAGCCCAAUGAUGCAAAUGUGAAGAAGCAGCUGCAGAGGGCUGAGGAAAAACUAAAUCGGGAGCGACAGAAGGAGAAAGCCAUGUAUCGAGGCAUGUUUUCCUCCAGCCUGAGGGACAGCUCCGGAGACGGGAUUAACCAAACCAAGAGAGCUGGUGAGGAAGUGUAGCCUGCCAGCUCAGCCUGCCAAACCAAGCCUCAAACUGAGACUGUCCAACCUCACGUCACCACGAACUGAGGAACGCUCACACUUGUGUCACUCAUUACUUUGUCUCCUGUUUUGUGUUUGAGGCAAAGACAGCAAGGAUUGUAUCAUAGAACAUGCUAUGAAGCUGUCAGUAAGGAUGCGGAGAUGUUGCUGAAAAUAAAGAGGCGAGGAUGGGAAAGUUAGUUUCCUAGCAACCCUGGAAAUAAAAGAAAGUCCCGUAUAGCUAAAAAAGAA